GAUCGAUGAGGGUAGUAUGUAACGUAGCACUGCGCAUGCGCUCAAAACGAUAGUUAACGUAGUGGAAAGUAGCCACGCCGUGCACUGCAACAUCAAGAAAAUCAAGCUAAUAAGUUAACUCGCAGCUAUUGAUCAUGGCCGAUGGGGAGGGAUUCGUUGUGCGCAUACGCGGACUGCCGUGGUCCUGCUCUGUGGAUGAAGUGCAGAGGUUUUUCUCAGACUGUAAGAUCGCCAGCAACGGCACGAGCAUCCACUUCACGUACACGCGCGAGGGCCGGCCCAGCGGCGAGGCCUUCGUGGAGAUGGAGUCGGAGGACGACGUGAAGAUCGCCGUCAAGAAAGACCGAGAGACCAUGGGCCACCGAUACGUGGAAGUGUUCAAGUCCAACAACGUGGAGAUGGACUGGGUGAUGAAGCACACGGGGCCCAACUCCCCCGAGACGGAGGGGGACGGCCUGGUGCGCCUCCGUGGGCUCCCCUUCGGCUGCAGCAAGGAGGAGAUCGUGCAGUUCUUCUCAGGGUUGGAAAUCGUGCCAAAUGGGAUUACAUUGCCGGUGGACUUCCAGGGGCGGAGUACGGGGGAGGCCUUCGUGCAGUUUGCGUCUCAGGAUAUAGCCGAAAAGGCUCUAAAGAAACACAAGGAAAGAAUAGGGCACAGGUACAUCGAGAUUUUCAAGAGCAGCCGGGCGGAGGUGCGGACGAACUACGAGCCCCCCCGCAAGGCCAUGGGCAUGCAGCGGCCCGGCCCCUACGACCGGCCCGGGGGCGGGCGGGGCUACAACAGCGCGGGCCGCGGCGGCUCCUUCGAUCGCAUGCGCCGGGGCGGCUACGGCGUAGGUGAGGGCGUGUCGGACGGGCGCUAUGGCGACAGCGGCUCCUCCUUCCAGAGCACGACCGGCCACUGCGUUCACAUGAGAGGGCUUCCGUACCGCGCCACUGAGACCGACAUCUACAGUUUCUUCUCUCCGCUGAACCCGGUGCGCGUGCACAUCGAGAUCGGCCCAGACGGACGUGUGACUGGCGAGGCGGACGUCGAGUUCGCCACCCACGAGGACGCCGUCGCCGCCAUGUCCAAGGACAAAGCCAACAUGCAGCACCGCUACGUUGAGCUGUUUCUGAACUCCACCGCUGGAGGAAACAACGGGUCCUACGGCAGUCAGAUGAUGGGGGCCAUGACCAACCAGUCCACCUACGGGCCCAGCAGCCAGCAGCUGAGCACGGGCUACAGCGGGGGCUACAGCAGCCAGACGGGCAUGGGGGGCUACAGUGACUACAGUAAUCAGAGCGGAAUGAACAGCAGUUACUAUGGAGGCGGCAGCCGGGGUUCCGUGGGCAUGAACGGGCUGAACGGCAGCAUGAGCAUGGGGGCUGGGUGGGGCAUGUAGGAGCAGGAGGGGGGGGGGGGGGGUGGAGGGGCCGGGGGUGCUGUUGGAGUGCCAGCACUGAUGAUAAAGGGGCCCCUUGAGCUACUGGUUUUUUAAUUUUAUUUUUCUUUGUGUUGGAGAGGCGUUAAAAUUCUGUACAGAGAGCAGGGUGGGGAGGUUUUCUAAAAUGCUUGUGUGAGACAGAGGGGGAGGGGAUUCACCAAACUUGACUGGCAAUAGUUUUCUUUAUAAACCCCCCCCCCCCCAUAGACUGAAUUUCACCGUGUUUAUAGAAUUGUUUCUUUUCUUUUUUUUAUAUAGAGUUAAAUUGAAACCAUUGGGGGAUUUUAGUCCCUGUACAUUUUUCCUGUAAGUGAAUGGUGGGUCAAGUUGAAGGCUGAGAGACUGUGUGCGUGUGUCGUCCCUGUAAAAGUGCAUGAACCAAAACAUGCUUUGUAAAUAUAAUCCACAUGUGACUUUUUUCCCCCUUUUUCUUUUUCUGGGUUUACAGACAUUUCCACCGUUCUUUAUUGAGGCUAACGACCGUUAAUCCGGAGUGAAUUUGGGUUUUUAUAUUACAAAUGAGCAUGUUUGAAUUGCCUUUUUAAAAAAAUAACAAAAAUUGGUGGGGAGAAAAAACACGUUUUGAGAAUGGGGAGGGGUGGGGUACUUCAGAUGCAAUACAAACAGCAAAAAUAAUUUUAAUCAUUUCUUCUGUUGUAAUAGAAGUUCCAAAUCCCUCUGUUAAAUGAUAUUUUUUGUUAUUUUUUGUUUGUGGUUCUUGUAUUGCGCAGAGUAAAUAAACAUGUCACUUGGA